AUGGAGAACCUCUUGAAGGAUUCCUCACAUGCAGAAGACCUAAGAAAGUCUUCAGUGCCGCUGGUGACCUCGCCCGAGCGUUUGACUGGGCGUACGGAGUUCAAUCUCACCGUUAGCCCUAUCCACAAUUUUCAGGGUCUAUCCAUAGGUUCAGGGCAGAUGCCCAAGACACAGCGGAAAGCCAUCCGUCCGAAACGAGACCGCGAUCGAAGCGACUGGAUCCCAGCAUCUUCGCUCUAUGAGUGGUGCUACAACUGUAUUCUGAAUCUCCGGAGGGAUCCAACAAGAACAUGCAAAUAUGCCCAAGGGUAUACAGCUUGCCUGAACUGUCGUCAGGCCAGAUCCAAGUGUGCGUCUAUCCCGAGCAACGGUCUUCCCCUGGCGCAAGAAGCCCUAAACAUCGCUCGCGACAUUGGACCCAGGCCGAAUCAUGCACAGGACCAGAUCUCUCGCCUCCACACUGCUAUCCACGGACUACGGACGGUUGUACGAUCACAGGGGCGACCAUCUGUGCAAGAUUCGUCGGAUUCCUCGGACACUGCCUUGCUAACCUACAUGCUUGCCGUCAUGAUGCCAUCCAUCCAGCUGUCAAAGCCAAUCCCGGCGACAAUUUCCUCGCGUGCUGUCUCUACAGUUUCGCGCCCUGCAUCGCCUCCACUCUCAGGGACAACCUCCGCGGCGCAUGCCACACCUUCUAAAGACGCAACCCCAUUUAGCAGUACCUCACCGGUCGCCAUGGCUAUAAAAUGGGAGGAAGAUAUGUCCGAUAUCAACAAUAUAUCAGAUUUGGCUGGUCCCAUACCCAUACAGUCCCUGUUGAUGGUCGGGAAUCAGCAAAUAUCACGCAACGCCGGUUUGAGAUUCCGAGAUGCUUUGCGCGCGGCUCAGGAAACCAUCUCGCAAGAAUUAGAAAAUAAUUAG